AUGUUCCAAACACUCUUCCGUGAGCUCCGGCUGUGCUAUGGCUUUGUACGCCGUGACCUGGGCACUGGUCUCCUCCCAGUCCCAGAAUUCACUCUGGCAUCUUUACUCUAUCGCAAGGCACCCCGAGAGGAGAUGAUCCCAGCCAUAGCUAUGGCAUUUCUCUACGGCUUCCUAUACCUCUAUACCUUCGUGGUCUCCAACCAGAUCACCGGCGUGAGCGAGGACAAGAUCAACAAGCCCGAUCGACCUAUUGCCUCCGGGGCAGAGUCAUUAAAGGCAGCCAAGAUCCGCUACUGGGUUCUCACAGCGCUGUAUCUCGGUUUUGGCCAUGUCUUGGGUGUAUCUGAAUGGGCACUGUUGUGGAUCCUGACUACCAUUGCCCAUAAUCCGUUGGGAUUCUCCAACUUUGGCCCUACCAAGGACCUUUGCAUGGGACUUGGAUGCAUUGCGCAGCUGAAGGCCGCAUGGGCUAUUGGAGGGUCCCCUCCUGAUAUGGGCUGGGAGUGGAUCAAGGUGAUCACUUUGUAUAUGUUGUGGCCGAUUCCUCUUCAAGAUCUGCGUGAUGUGCCGGGAGAUUUGGCUGCGGGAAGACGCACGACUCCUAUCCUUUUGGGAGAUUUUCCUGCACGUCUUUAUAUCUCGGCUGGCAUCGUUGUAUCACAGUUCCUGUUGAUCAAAUAUCGCAUCCUGGAGUAUCGUUAUGACACAUCAACCAUCGUUCUGUCAGCUGCUUUGGUCUUGAUGACCAUCGGAUGCAUCUUCCGUUUAUUUGCUUUCCGGUCUCUGACCAGUGACCGGUUCUCAUACUGGCUGUACACGGUGAUUUAUGUCUUCCAGCCAUUGUCUGCAUGCAUUGCCUUGCGGUAG